AUGCAGCAACAUUUUCGCGCCAACGGCGCACUGCAGCAGCUCAAGACCCAGCUGCGCGGCAUGAUGCUCACCGAUCUGAUGCAGCAUCCCCAGACAGCACGCAUGCUGGUCGAUGGGGCAGCCCAGUCCAUUCCUCCAUCCCCCUCUUCUUCCUCUCUCCCAGGACAAGGCAGGAUAGAGGACAGGGCGGUCGGCUUACAACGCUCUUCAAUACCCGACGUGACACCUGCAGCGCUCUCCGACGGUCGCGCCAUCGCCGCCGUGCCUCGCCGCUCGGACCACACCCUGCAGACCUGGUCCUGCGGUCUGGCCGAUGCGUUGGUCGAGAACCACCUGCGGCGGACACGGCGAGCCAUGUCGCUCUCGAUCUUUAGCACUGAGGCGGAGGUGCCCCCAUUCAGCACGAGUGGCGCGCCGUCGGAAGAGGAAGAAUACCUUGCCCAUCUUUUUUGCCAAACGAGCGUGGACGGUUCGCCAACCGCCGCAUCAAAGUCAGCAGCGGCAGAAGAGGAGGAUUUUUUGACCCCCUCGCCUUCGCGCUCCGUGAAGAGCGUGCUGCAGCGUCUGGUGGAGGAUUGCGUCACGCGGCAAGGACUUCUGAGCGGAUCGGAUGGAGCCGCCCGUCACCUGCAUAGCUGCAGCACGCAGACCGAAGCGGCCGACAGCACCGACAGCGCCACGAACCCCCUCAACUCCCUCGAGUGCCGCCUGGCGGCGGUGGACGCCAAGUACGCGCUUACCUUUGCCCAGCUGAAGCGUACCGGCGCCACGGGCGAGCAGCCCUUCUUUCUGCGCUCCGAGGUCGAGCGCAGACUGGCGCAGUACAAGGGUGACAUGCACGCCCAGCUGCGCAGCGAGUACGAGCAGAAGUACAACGCCUUCACCCGGGUGCAGCUGCAGGAGGCGCGGGACGAGGCAGAGCAGCGGUACCGCGUGCUCGCCCGCAACAAGACGGAAGAGUUUGCUGAGAUGGAGCGCAGCGUCGUAGCGAGGCUUGAGCAGGAGCGGGAGCGGCUGAAGCUGUCCUGGGAGGACGUGCAUCAGCAGCGCGCGGAAAUGGAGCGGCGCCAGCGCGACACGAUGACGCAGCUGGCGGACCGGGAGGCAGCGCAGCAGCAAAAAGAGGCGGAGCUGCAGAAGGCAAAGGAGACGUGCCGGAUGCUGCGGCUGCAGUGUGCGAAGUGGGAGGAGCUCUGCGCGACGCGGCUGAUGGAGCUGGACGGCGCGCGGAGCCGCGAGGAGCGCCGUAUGGAGGACCUUCGCCGCCUGCAAGCCGAACACGCGUCGGAGCUGCGGCUGAAGGACGAGGAGGUGAGCCGUUUACGCUAUCGCAUGCGCUUGCUUGCUCGCGAAGUCGAGGUGCCGACCGCUACAACGCCCGCGGCUGGCGAGGAGGCAUCCCCCGCAAAGCCCACAACCGGCACUAGCACGACGGGGUCUCCAGCGGACCCCAAGCAGCUCUACGGCUUGCUGCUGCGCACGGAGGAGCUGCAGCGCAACGCGGUGUUGCAGCAGCAGCAGCAACAGCAGCGUUGGGAUGCGGCGUGGGUGGCCUCCGCAGCGACGGCGACGCCUGCUGAGACAGAUGCCGCUGGAGCACAGGCAUCUGCGGUCGCCGCUGCUCCCAGUUCAAGUUCAGCACCACCUCAAAACGCUGCUUUACUGGGGAGUCAUUCAGCACAUGCAGACACAGCGGGGAUGCCGACGCGUGUCAAUAACGAUGGUGCGGGGUCAGGUCAACCCACGAUAAGUGCAUUGGCUGCAGUAGAGAAGCCGUCUUCAACCAGCGAGGUCUCCGAUACGGCUCUGCAGACUGCAUUUGCACCAACGACUGCAUCUCCAUUACUUUCUACGGUCGGCGAAGCCAACAAAACGACGGAGGUGGUGAAAGGCGCUGCUGCGGCCGCUGCUGCUAGUGGAGACGCAAAGCCCGCAUCUUCCCUUCCCGCCUCACCACCGCUUCCCCCUCCCCUCGCCGUAGCGCCACAGCCCGGCGUGUCACGACAGACAAGCGCGUCGACGAUCACUACCGCUUCCGCGAAGACCUCUCACAGCAGAAGUGCUCCAGCCAAAGCUUCCUCCUCUUCUCGAUCUUCUGCUGGCUCGUCGCCUGCGUCAAAGUCGUCGAAGGUAAAAUCCUCCUCCACGUCCCUCUCGGCGACGCCGCAGAAGACGCCGGACAGGGAGAAGGGAACGCCGACGAACUCUGCCGCUGACACCGCUGGCGCCGCCGUUGUGUUGCACGAGGCGGAGAAGGCGGAGGGAGAGUCGCGCAAGGAAAUAGCCGCGGACGAGGGCACCGCACGGGCGGGAAUUGCCUGGUCAGAGAAGAACGCACGCAGAAUUGCGGUGGAGGCGCUGAAGCAGGCGAAACGCAGCAGCGACGACGAUAGCAGCCGUGGCGGUGGCGGCGGCAUUACACGGCCGUGGGGGCGGCUUGCCAUGGGUGGUGGUGCGCAGGCGACGCCGGCAGCGGGCGGUGGCACCGUCUUCGACGACACUUUUUCCACCGACGAUGACGCGCUCAUCCGUUCUUCGUCGGAGGACGCCUCGGACUUUUAA